AGCAAGUCCUAAUGGUAUUAACAAGAAGACGUAUAUCACAGCUCAACUAGGCGAAAACAAAGGAUUCGGAGGUGCACAUCUGUGUAUCUCUCAGUCAUAUUGACCAUGCCGUCAGAGAAAGACUCUCUGAUUAAGAAAGAACCAAAUUCCGAGCGGUUCUUUCGCAUCCUUCAGCCAUGUUUGGCAGAGUUCGUUGGGACGGCGUUGUUCGUCUUCGUGGCUACCAUGUGUAUGCAGGAUCCACGGACACUGACUGUGGCAGCUUCUCAUGGAUUUGCGAUCACCUCUCUUGUCAUGUGUUUCAGCCAUAUCAGUGGCGGCCAUUUUAAUCCUGCUGUCUCCUUUGGUGUCUUACUUGGAGGGGGACUACAUCCACCCAUUUUCCCUUUCUACGUCGCUUCCCAGCUGAUCGGAGGAAUGCUGGGUGCUGCUUGUACCCGGGGAAUCCUGGGCAGCAUCAUGAUCAAAGGCGUCGGCGGCAAGAUGAUCAGUCAAUACGAGAGCAUAGACGGAGGUUCCGUUGUGUUCGAUGAGAGUGUGGGGGUAGGCAGGGCCAUUCUGACAGACAUGCUCGGAUGCAUGUUCCUUGUCCUCGCAUUCUUGAUGACAUCAGUAGACAGUGUCGGCAAGAGUUCCAGACUCGCUCCCUUUGCUGUCGGAUUCGCGUACAUCGUUGGGAUAUUACAAAGCAUGCAGAUAACUGGUCCAUCAUUGAACCCCGCCCGAAGCUUCGGCUCUGCCUUGUGUGUCUGGGUCUACAAACCGUCGAUCUGGAAGAAUCACUACAUCUUCUGGGUAGGACCAUUCGCUGGAGCAAUCAUAGCAGCGUUCUUUUUCAGAUUCGUGUUUGCUAGCAUAGACCAUCGCAUUCCGAGACGAAAAAAGUGAGACGGAUUCAUCAAGUUGGCCUCACAAUGAGAUACCAUCUGCCCCGUAUGUGGCAAAGAACUGUAUAGACUCGUAAUCGAAGUCAAAAAUAUUACUUUUCGGACUUUAAAUCUAGGAUUAUACAUUUACUUGAAAUUCGUCAUUACGAGGAUGUGAUCGGUAGUCGGUAACUUCUUGGUUCAUGGGCCUUUCAAAUGGUAAUACACGUGAUAUGGAGAAAACGCUCUUCAAUAUGGAGUAGAUAUCAAGAUACAUGUAUAAGGUAGCUUUUUCAAUUAUUGUCGCACUUAGCAUAUGCACAACAUAUAUCAUUGUAUCAACAACCCAUGGAAAUAGAGAAAGAAAUUUCUGAAGUUACAAGUGAUUUGACGAAGAUGCUGAAAUUCUGAAUUCAAGAAAGAAACUUGAGCUGUUCAGCCAUUGGCCAUUUACCUAUUGUUUCUGUCAAACUGCAAUUUUGCAAUCGUUGAUAAAUGUACAAUACACUAUCACAAAAUGUA